AUGCGCAACCUUGACCAUGUUUACAGGAAUAUACAGUCUUUCCUAUGGGCGAGUGCUAAAGAUCGAGUGGCGACGGACUACCACCAUCGAAGAAAGCAAGCGACGUUUGCGACUCCUAUCCGCAACCAGGGGACUCCCUUGUUUACCGUCCACCGGCGCCUCUCACACCGCGCGCGCCAAUCACGCAGUCACCAGAGACUGCUAUGCCCUUGUACCUUCCUGCCUGGUCUCAGAAAUGGACCCAUGAUCGAAGCUCGUCUCAUUGCUUACGACGAGGGAGAUAACUACGUUCUUUACAAUGUGCGAACCAAAAAGAUCGCUCGUUCUCGCAAUGUCAUUUUCAACAAGAACCCAGCUCCAAAGGAUCUACCGGAUCCUACUUACGAUCUCAACAUUGCUGGUUUGAAUCCACAAACUGAAGCUGCUCAGCAGCCUCUCUCUGAUCGUCAUGUCCCCGUUGAUUUUCUCAAUGAAUACAACUAG